AAUUGAUUUCUCCUUCUUUCUUCAGACUCAAUUAACCACCCAUCAUGUUGUCAAGAGUGUUGAUUCGUUCUGCUGCUGUCAGAACUGCUCUUCCCAGAGCCACCCCGGUUUUCAGACCAUCUAUAGUCGGAACUCGUUUCUAUUCGUUCAAGCAAGAAGACCAACCCAGAAUCAGAAUCGGCUCCACCGCUCCAAACUUCGAAGUCAACACCACUUCUGGCAAAAUUGACUUCCAUAGCUACAUCGGCGACAAUUGGGUUGUUCUUUUCAGUCACCCAGCUGAUUUCACUCCAGUCUGUACCACCGAGUUAGGUGCAUUUUCCAAGUUGAAGCCGGAAUUCGAUAAGAGAGGUGUCAAGUUGAUUGGUCUUUCCACCGAAGGUGUCGAUAGCCACAACCAAUGGAUCAAGGAUAUCGAGGAAGUUGUCACCGGUGGUGAAAAGUUUGGCUUCCCUAUCAUUGCCGAUUCCACCAAAGAAGUUGCUUAUAAAUAUGAUAUGGUUACUGAAGAUGACUUCAAGAAUCUCGAAUCCGGAGUUGUAUUCACUGUCAGAUCUGUCUUCGUCAUUGACCCAGCCAAAAAGAUUAGAUUGACCAUGACAUACCCUGCUUCUACUGGUAGAAACACUGCUGAAGUAUUGAGAGUUGUUGAUGCUUUGCAAUUGGCUGACAAGAGAGGCAUUGCUACUCCCGUCGACUGGACCGAGGGCCAGGAUGUCAUCAUUCCUCCUACAGUUUCUAACGAGGCUGCUAAGGAAAAGUUUGGAAGCUUCAAACAAGUCAAGCCAUACUUGAGAUUCACCAAGUUGGACUAAACGGGAACUCAGAUAUCUUAUUGUAUGAUAAAUGAUUAUAUGUACUUAUAUGAUUAUAUAUAUAUAGCUCUUGGUAUGUGCAGAUAACAAAUAUAUUCUAUCUUAUGAUGGC